AUCGGAAGUGUGGGCGGAGUAAAGCAAACUACGUGACAAAAUGGCGGCGACCAUGAAGAACGUGGAAGAAAUUCGGAAUAGAGUGAUACUGGGAGAAUUUGAUGUGAAGAAUGUACAUACGACAGAUUACCCUGGAAACUACCCGGGCUAUGAUGAUGUGUGGGAUAUGCAGAAAUUUCAGAAGAACUUCAGAAUUGACGUGGUGCAUCUAGACGAGAACACUAUGGAGUUUGACAUGGUGGGGAUAGAUGCAGCCAUUGCCAACGCCUUCAGAAGGAUCUUAUUAGCAGAGGUGCCUACCAUGGCUAUAGAGAAGGCGUUUAUCUAUAACAACACAUCCAUCGUCCAGGAUGAAGUCCUUGCCCACAGAUUAGGCCUCAUCCCCAUCAAAGCUGAUCCUCGUCUGUUUGAGUACAGGAACACUGGUGAAGAGGCUGCAGAGGAAGAAGGUUCAGAAAUCGACACAAUUCAACUACAGCUGAAGAUUAAAUGCAGCAGGAACCCCAGAGCCAGCAAAGACUCCUCUGACCCACGAGAGCUGUAUCUGAACCACAUGGUUUAUUCCAGGGACAUAAAGUGGGUCCCCAUCGGGAACCAGGCAGACGUGUUUGCAGACUCUGGCAUCGGACCGGUACAUGAUGACAUCCUGAUAGCUCAGCUACGACCAGGACAGGAGCUGGACAUCAUCAUGCACUGCGUCAAGGGACUUG